AGAACUGAAGACUCCGAACCAGAAACUCUUUUAAAAAACAUUUUUGUCUUUAAUACUUUUCAGCUGGGCUCUUUUUUGAUUUUGCUGCUUUGGAACUUUAUUUUCUGCGCUUUAAAAAAUUGCGCAUUUACAAAUUUUUCUUCACUCAUCAGACACUUAUUUAAUCUUCUGCGAUGUUUCCAGAGGCAAACAAAGGCUACAGCUACGAGGACUGCAAGGCCACUGCUGAUUGGCUGCUAGCCCAGACAGACGUGCGGCCCACAGUGGGCAUCGUGUGCGGCUCGGGGCUCGGAGGUCUGGCUGACAUGUUAAAGGACCAGGUCGCCUUCAACUACAAGGACAUCCCCAACUUUCCACAGAGCACCGUGCACGGACAUGCAGGUCGGCUGGUGUUUGGCACCUUAAAGGGGAGGCCGUGUGUUUGCAUGCAGGGGCGCUUCCACUUGUACGAGGGCUACCCAAUCCAUAAGAUCACGCUGCCCAUACGCAUCUUUAAGCUGAUUGGCGUGGAGACGGUGAUGCUGACCAACGCAGCCGGAGGCCUCAAUCAAGACUUUAAAGUGGGAGACAUCAUGAUCAUCAAAGACCACCUUAACAUGCCGGGCUUCGCUGGCAUCAAUCCGCUGUCUGGACCCAACGAUGAGAGGUUUGGUGUGCGUUUCCCCUGCAUGUCCGACGCCUACGACAGAGAGCUGCAGCAGAUGGCCAUGGACGUGGGACAGGAGCUCGGCUACGGAGACUUCCUGAAGGAGGGCAUCUACUGCGUGCUUGGUGGACCCUCGUUCGAGACCAUUGCAGAGUCCCGUAUGCUGCACAAGCUGGGCGUUGAUGCUGUUGGCAUGAGCACUGUCCCCGAGGCGAUCAUCGCCCGUCACUGCGGCAUGCGCGUCUUCGCCCUCUCGCUGAUCACCAACCAUGCAGUGAUGGAUUACGACAGCGAAGAGAAGGCCAAUCACGAGGAAGUCCUUCAGACGGGCAAGCAGCGAGCGGAGCAGCUGGAGCGGCUGGUUUCCACCAUGGUGACCAAGAUUGAGCACAACAACAACUACGUCUAAGAGACGCUGUGCUAGUCAGAAGCUAGAUGUGAGCAUUUUUAGUAUGACUGAAGAGGACUUACAGUGGUUAUGGUUGAUAUUUAAUGCUGUGGUUCUAAAACUAAAACUAAAAAAAACUUUGUUUAAUACUUAGGUGAGCAGAUGGGCUGUUUUUAGUCUUAGGUCAAAAGAUGAUAUCGUAGUCCUCUGAAGAAUCUCACUUGGAUAUAAACAGAAACACACACAACCUUCGUGUUUCCUUACGUCACUGCGUCUUAACUGACAUCUUACAUUCCUCUACCGAGUGGCUCCAGAUGACAGUUUUUUUUUUCUUUUAUAAUUUUAAACGAGACGUAUUUGUUCUAACUUAAAAUGUGCGAUCAGUUUGUAUAAAUGUCUCCAAUUUAACUUAAUGAGCAAAAAUCUGCUGUAAAGAUCGUAUUUUGUUGAAACGUGUACAUUAGUAGACAAGGUAUUUUACUGUGCUUGUGUUUUUCAUAUGUUGUUACUAAAGGUACUAUUUAUUACUAUA